AUGCCUAUUGUAUCGGAACCUGUUGCAGUGAGCUCCACUGGGUUCUACCAGCAGCCCGCAACCAGUACCACAAUCCCUCCACCAACAGCAUUGCAGCCACCCUUGCCUAAUGCUGGCAAUGCAUUUCUCAUUGCCAUUGAGGUCAUCUUUUCAUGUCUCGUCAUUGUGGUCUUGCUGUUCUGCUACUUUACAGGUGUGCACAAAAAGAAGCGAGCCCGUGUCAACCAGCAGCAGAUGAUUGAAAAUGCCAUCACACAGCAAGAGAGAAGGAUCCAACUGCAUUUGCAAGGUCAGUGUCAUUCUUCAUCCACAGUAACCACAUUGGUGCAAUGCCCCCCUCUACCUGCUCCUCCACCACCAACUUACGCUCCUCCAGAUCCAAGACACUCUUUGCCAAAAGACGUGGUAGCACGACUGGAUUAUCUAUUAGAACAAAAUCAAAUAUGCACAACGACAACGACAACGACGACAACACCAAGAGCCAGUAGUACUACAACAACGAUUCGUGAAACACUGCCCGCCUAUACUGAUGUGUAUCGUCAGCAGGAUAGACGCUGA